ACAGCCAAUAGGAACUGUGCUGAGCUAUACAAAGCUGGCAAAACAAUCAGCGGUGUGUACACAAUCGACCCUGAUGGUGAAGGUGCCUUUGAUGUGUUCUGUGAUCAAAAAACAACCGGAGGGGGGUGGACAGUGUUUCAGAAGAGACUGGACGGCUCGGUUUAUUUCUACCGCUCCUGGGAUGACUACAAAAAUGGGUUCGGUGACCUGAAUGGCGAGUUCUGGCUUGGAUUGGACAAGAUUUACCGCCUGACGGAAAAGAAACACAACCGCCUUCGAGUUGAUCUGGAGGACUUUACAUUCAGCACUGCUUACGCUGAAUAUGACAUAUUUGAAGUUACAAACGAAACGACUAAAUACAAGCUCAGUCUAGGAAUGUACUCAGGUAUGGUGCUUGGAAUGUAUUUAAUUUUGAUGUUUAGUAUUUUGUCUUCGUGUCUUAAUUAUUCGUUCAAAGCUUGUUUGUUGGCGGUUUCUUGACUUCUUGCAAACUUGAAAACUCUAGGAAGUUUCAAAAGGAGCUCAGUUACUUUUCCAAACGUAGCUCCCCUCUUGUACUUCAAUACUAGAUUACAUUCAGGUAUUCUACUCCAAACAUUCCUGGUAAAAUGUCCUUGUAUGACUGCAGGAACUGCUGGUGACUCAUUAUCGGAGCAUCGUGGCCAUCCGUUUACCACUAAAGACCGAGAUCAUGAUGAAAAUGCCAAAUUCAACUGCGCUGCGUACUUCAAAGGAGCCUGGUGGUACACUAAUUGCCAUGCUUCAAACCUGAAUGGUUUGUACUACAACGGUUCACAUGCACAUAAAGGUCAAGGUAUCAUCUGGCAUACAUGGAAAGGAAAUCAAUACUCUGUCAAGAGAGCUGAGAUGAAAAUCAGACCGGCCAACUUUUAGGACUUUUACGGUACCCUAGGACGUCUUGUUUCCGUAUUAGGUUCCUAGUAACAAACAAAAUUUCAUGGUAAAAUAGCGCAUUUACUCGAAUAAGCGCCCCCCGAUUUAUUGCGGCUCUCAAAUAAUUUAAAGCGCCGCAUUUGGGACAAAAAUAGUUAAUAAGCGCCACCCCCAAAUACGCGGCGCGACACCAAUGCAAUCAAAACCAAAAGACGUUUCUGUUAUAAAAUAAAAUAAUAUCGGUUACUGAAAAGAAACAGUUCUUUGUCGCCCCCAACUUUAAAAUAAGAGCAGCCUCGAAUAAGCACCGCAUUUGAGACAUGAAAAUUUUAAUAAGCACCGUGGCGCUUAUUCGAGUAAAUACAGUAAUGUCAAAGGAAUCGGUGAUUAUAAAACAGCUUUAACCCAUUUUCAUUGCCAUCGGCAUAGUAACACAUCAGCAUGCGACGUCCGCUAAUGUAGGUUCAUCUCGAUUAGGGGUAGAAAUUGCAAAUUAAAGUCUUUCUGGGGGCGUUUCGGGCAGAAAGCCAAUGUUUAGAAACCCCAAAAAGGUAUCACUAAGCGUAGCGAAAUACCUCUAAUAGGGGCUAACAAAUGCCGUCAUACUGUGUUAGAGUAUGGCCUCCUUUUGAGGUCAAAUACAGUUUGAGCCGCGCCUAGAUUGGUCUCCAUUAGGGGGCUUAAUUCUAAUUUCCCGACGAGCACGCGCGUCAUUUUUACAGGAGAGCACCCCCUCCCCGUUUCGUUUGUUUACUAUUCACAUUUUUAAAAAAAGGUUUAAACAGUGCUCAAAAUCUUCAGAAACAUGUUCGCCGACUUUUUCCGUAUUUUGACUGGUAAUGACAAUUUUGCCUUGACAAACGACUUUGUAUGAUUUCGUGUUGAGUCGAGUUUAAGAUUACUCGUAUCGUAUAGGCGAAUCUUUGCUGACGUCAUUGUUUACAUUUUUCCUCAUUAGCAUACGACUUAACUCAAAGAAACCGUGGCUGUAUAUACGAACUAAAUUCAAAAGUUGAAAGAGCUGAUUAGCUUAAACAAUUUGUGCAAUUUUCAGCUUAUUAAAAGCAAAAUUGAAGGAAAUCAGUGAGAGGCAUCUAAAACUGCGAAAUUGCUGGGUGGCAAAAACGUUAAUGAGCCAUACAUUCUUUGUAAAAUUUCGAGUUUUUAAAAGAGAAUCUUUCCGAAACCAUUCGGUAUGUCGGGCUCAAAUUUUCACAUAUAACUGGAAUUGUUGUGCUCUUUCAGUAUUCUGGGGUUUUAUUUUAUUAACUUCAUCAGAUAAUGACAAAGAUUCGCCUAUUAGCGACAACCGUAAAGCAGCAAUUCAAGCUGCUUAUUUCUCUAUAAAAUAUUCAUACCGUAACGUUCAUUUGUUUUAAGGGCGACAAGGUGAGAAAAUUAUAGGCUGAAAAGGCUGAAAAAGCCACAGUGGAUGCUGAAGUUGUCGUCUCUUUGGAGCUCAAGAAAAAGUUGGCCAUCGCUGAAGGAAACGAUCCUAACGCGCUAGAAAAUAAGGGGAAAAAGAAAGGGUCAAAGACCUAAAAUAGAGGCUCUUUUAAAUUUCACUGUCAUUUUAAAAAACAUUGAAAACAUUUGGAGAACACUCAGUCAUUCAGUCUUUUGAUAAAGUGCCGAUGAGGGAAAUCGAGAGAACAACAACAACAACAACAGCAGUGAUGAAGCGCUAGCUCACCUUAAAUAUGAUACGCUGGGGCUUAGACGGGAGAUUCACGUGUUAAACCUUGUGAAGAAAUGUCUAAAUAAGCGCUGCCCGCAAUUUUUAAUGGACUACUUUUAUUUUAAUAGAGAUAUCGUACAUUGAAAAGCGCGCCAAAGUAAUCAUCUCCGUCUUCCCUCCAUCAAAUUAGAAUGUACGAAAAAAGCUUUUUAUUAUCAUGGACGUGACGUUUUUAAUCGUAAUUUGUAGUUUUUAUUAAUAGUUUGUAAUAAUUUUUAUCCUUUUUUAGGAUAUUUUUCUAUUAGCUUAGUUAGGACUAGUUUUAAGUAUUUUUAACAUAUUUUUAUCUUUCUUUUUUAUCUAGGGCGUCUAAGGAUAUCAGUUUUUGUAACUGUAGGAGUUACCCUAGCUAAAUAAAUGUAUCUUCUUCUUCGUUCUCUGUCUGAUAGAAAAAUGCAUUGGUCUAACCUCAAAAUCGAACGCAGAAGCAGUUUAGUCCAGUAGCCGAGGUCGGAAAAUUGUCGUUUCGUUCAACCCACGGGUCAGAAAAGGUCUGAUACCGGAUUUUGGUAGAUCAAGUCCUCCUGAUUAUUGCCUAAUAAUUUGUAAGGUCAAUUUGUGGUAUAGGUUUCGAGUAAAUGGCGAUCUUAUUUUACACACUUUACUGUCCAGUAUGAAAACGAGGCUGGAACCUGAAUCACCAUUUACCUCCUAAUUCUUUCUUAGAAAAUCCCUAAAAAAUGGUAACUAACUUAAUGUUCAACGACGUUGAGCUCUUUCUCAGUUGUGGUUAAUAUAGAAUACUCUUGUAAGGUUUUUCACAAGCAGCCAUCUUGGUGUGCGAGUUCGCAUGAAAUGAGGGCCAACUCAUAGCACAAACCUUCCUUCAAAUUGAUUUGUUGGGUGUUAAUGUGUAGCCGCCCAAAGAGGUCUUUGUCAGUGUUAUACAGUAUUGCAGCCUUAAUGCAGCCUUAACAUUCUCUCGGACAUGGUACUAAAUGUAUUUACCUUCAAGCUUGGAACAGGAUCCCAAAGAUUUACAGUAUUAGUGUUCAAAGAUUUUCGUCUGUUCUCGACCUUUUUCAUUACUGCUAACAAGGCCCUCUGUAACAUUUGAAGUCAGUUCUACGCCGGUAGCAAAGUUAACUAGAGACUCCAUUUCUUGGACGAAAGGGUUACUCAAUAAACCAGAAAAGGGAAAAAUAGUCAACAAGCUUCCUGACGUCUUCUUAAUCACGCUUCAGUCUCUUCGAUGUGGCCUUCUUGUGUUGUUACGUGGUCACUUUCUGUCAGAACCAUACAUCUUUUUCACAGUUAUGAGGCUCUUUGGUGAAUAGUUAGAAACAAUCUUUCUAGCGAUCGUGGACUUUGAGAUAUGCCAACACUCCCACCCUUUGACUUCGAGUCAGCUACGUAGAUUGCUCUAGGGUUGUGUCAGCUGAGACACGAGAAAAUGCCUGAUCGUUGCGGCUAAUGGAGUGAUUUUCGGCAACAAAUUCUUGAUACACUUUUGAGUGUUGUGACUCCAGUUGCUUCAUAUACCAGCAAGGUAAACUGGUAGCCAUCUUGCAUAGUUACAGGUCUGUCCAAUGAGAAAAAAUGCGGCGUCAUAGUUGCAAGGGCAGAUAUAUUAGAAGCAAGUGCCAAUUUGUAUGUUCGUUCUGCUUUGAUGAAUCGUAAAAUUGUACUAACCAUGCAUGAAACGAUACUGCCAACAAAUUGCAAACAUCUUUGACGGGGCUCUUGCGUGCGAUUUGGUGACAUCAAACAGAGAUGCCAGUAUCGUCAAGCUCUUUCUUUUAGUUGGUUAACUCUCUCUGAUACACUUCCCUCCUUCUAUACGACCUCAAACUAAUCAGCAAUAUUUUCAGAGAGACCCUCUUCUCAGGAGUCAACCCGUGUCUCCUUUUCAUGCUUUGGAACAGUCUACGUUCCUGAAGCAAUCCAUAAAUGCUGUAUUUUUCUCCUUUGAGUACGAAAAUAGACAAUUUCACGUAAUAGCAUGUAGCUUUUUUCUCAACGAUCUCUAAUUCCUAAUAAAAAAAAACUCUCCGUCUGUCACGUUCAUAGAGCGACUUUCUAUAUGACAAGUGCUAUAAAAGUGUCAAAAAAGUUUUUUUGAUCUAUCCUUUACUUGCAAAAAAUUAAUAAAGGAAAACAGCUAAUGCUAAACAAAGUACAGAUAUUUAAACUGGUUCUUUGAAAGAAAAAAGAAAAGCAAUCAAAGCGCGAUUUUCCUUUAUUUCAAGCAAAUAAUUUGUCCUUGUGCGAGUAACGCGAUCAGUCACGUGACAUUGGUGACUCGAAAAUAUAUAAUCAUCUCCUUUUUUACAUUGAACAUUGAGUAAGUUACCUUUUUUUAGCGAUUUUUAACAAAGAAUUAGCAGGUAAAUGGUGAUUCAGGUAUCAGGCUCGUUUUCAUGCUGGACCGUAAGGUAUGUGGCAUAAAAACGCGAUUUACUAGAAAGCUAUACCACAAAUCGACCUUACAAGUUAUUAGGCAAUUAUCAGUAGGUCAUGUUCUACCAAAAUCCGGUUUUCUGACCCGUGGGUUGAACGAAUUCUAAAGAACAAUUUUCCUACCUCGGCUACUGGACCAAACGGCCUGCUACAUUUGGUCGUUCACAUGUUUGCUUUGAAUAAAGAAAACUGUGGCUGUUUUAGGGCUUGCGCAAUACUCGUGUCCAGUGGCAUAGUAAAUUAGGGUUGGACCCAUAUCCAUUCACGUCUGAUGUCACAUAACUGUUAUCAGACGUUAUGUAACAUAACAUAUAAAAUCAGACAUCAGACGUGUAAUAACAGUUAUAUGACAGCAGAUGUCUGCUGUCAUAUAACUGUCAUCAGUUAUAUGACUGUUAUAACAGUUAUAUAACAGCAGAUGUCUGAUGUCAUAUAACUGUUAUCAGAUGUUAUGUAACAUAAAAUAUAAAAUCAGACAUCAGACGUGUGAUAACAGUUAUAUGACAGCAGACAUCAGCUGUCAUAUAACUGUUAUCAGACGUCUGAUUUUGUAUGUUAUGUUAUAUAACUGUUUUCAGACGUCUGAUGUUAUAUGUUAUGUAAUAUAACUGUCAUCAGAAGUCUGAUAACAGUUAUAUGAUGUCAGACGUCUGCUAACAGUUACAAAAAUCAGACGUCUGAUAACAGUUUUAUGACAUCAGCCGUCUGAUGUCACAUAACUGUUAUCAGACGUUAUGUAACAUAACAUAUAAAAUCAGACAUCAGACGUGUGAUGACAGUUAUAUGACAGCAGAUGUCUGCUGUCAUAUAACUGUUAUCACAGUUAACAGACGCUAACAGUUAUAACAUAAAACUGUGAAGAUGACUACCGCAUCUGUGAAGAUGACUACUCUAAAGAUGACUACCGCACAGGUUGUCGAAACGUCAGUCACUGUCAACAACAACAGUCCUAUUCAGGACUACGUUCACCAGGACGAUCAAACUCAACCUUUUAGUUACAACAUAACUGUUAUAUACUGUUAUAUAACUGUUAUAUAACAGUUAUAUAACUUUUAUAUAAGUGUUAUAUAGUGUCAUCAGUUAUAUGACUGUUAUAACAGUUAUAUGACAGCAGACGUCUGAUGUCAUAUAACUGUUAUCAGAUGUUAUGUAACAUAACAUAUAAAAUCAGUUAACAGACGUUAACAGUUAUAACAUAACUGUUAUAUAACUGUUAUAUACUGUUAUAUAACAGUUAUAUAACUGUUAUGUAACUGUUAUAUAACAGUUAUAUAACUGUCAUAUAACAGUUAUAACAGUUAUAUAUACAGUAUAUAUAUACUGUUAUAUACUGUUAUAUAUAACUGUUAUAUGACAGUUAUAUAACUGUUAUAUAACUGUUAUAACAGUUACAUAACUGUCAUAUAACAGUUAUAACAGUUAUAUAUAACAGUAUAUAUACUGUAUAUAACAUUAUUAUAUGUUAUGUUAAAUAACGUCUGAUAACAGUUAUGUGACAUCAGACGCGUCAGUUAUAUGACAGCAGAUGUCUGCUGUCAUAUAACUGUUAUCACAGGUCUGAUGUCUGACUUUAUAUUUUAUGUUACAUAACGUCUGAUAACAGUUAUAUGACAUCAGACGUCUGCUGUCAUAUAACUGUUAUAACGGUCACAAUGUUAGUCUUAAGGUUACUUGUAAUUUGGCGAAGUGUCAUGCUUUUAUCUUAAAAGUGAACAAUUUUGAUCGGUAACAGCAGGGCUAUAAAGCGUUUUAGAGUGCUUUCAGGUUAGACAAAUUAGUUUUUUUGUAACGAAAACCACGAUUUAGAGACCAUAUCGGAAUCAGUACCAAGUCAAUCUCGUGCCAGUAAACAAACACAGCCGCCAGUUGCCUUGAGUUAAAACAUUCUAUAUUGGCUGAUCGAACGACAUGUUCAAGCGCUGAAAAUGAUGCCCUAUUCAUAAUCGCAGCCGUUAGUCUUUAUGGUUGUGAAUUUUUAAGAGAAUAACUGAGCACAAAAUUUAUCAAGAAAGAAUGUUGUAUGUACUGAACAUUUUCCCCAAAAUUCAUGUGGCAGUAAAAACUUUCACGUAUUUUUAACAGCUUAUGAAUUCAAAGAAUUCCCCUAUUUUUUCUUGAAAAUGUUUCAGUGGGUCUCCCUACAUGAAAAUAUUUUUGGCUUGCUAAUAAGGUUAAAAAGUUGGCCUUAAUGAAACUACACCAUAUUCCCCAUAUAUGCCGGAUUAGCUAAGUUGAAAACCAACAGCAGUUUAAUUAAUCUUAAAAUAGUAUGCCCUAAAAGAUAUAGCGAUCAUAAAAGAGAGAUUUUAAAUUAUUUCUGAUGUGGAAACAAAGGUAUGAAAAACAAAAAAGAGAAAGAAGAAUAAAUUUUCGGUCAUAGAUGAUUCUAAUGAUUGGUCCGUCACUCGCAAGUCAGAGCAAACCUACCGAUCCCAAAUAUAGUGGAAUAACGUAGAAAAUACAGCGGAAAGAAACUUCGCACAGUAAGAUACUAGCUUAAAAUUAUGUUAAGUAAUGUAAUGGAGCCUGCAGUAAGCCCGGAAUAGUGGUAAAAGGUUGUGACUGUCUUUUUUAGAAACGCUCUUUUAAUUAAGGUAGAUAUAUUAAAACUCAGGAUUACUAGGAAAAAUUGUUCUCCCAAAACGAUCACUGUUUCCUCGAAAUUAGAUUGCAAUAUUUAAUUCGCAAUCCGACGUUUAAAAAAAUGGUAAAAUUAUCUCAGGCUUGUUGUCAUUUGUAAGGCACCAUAUUGAUUAAUAAAACUCACCUUUUUCAUACAUUAGGCCUUUCUUGGAGAUGGCUCGCUUCAUGGUACUGUUCCAAGAAGUUAAUCAUUUCCACAUCUUUUGAAGUUUUGGACUCGAGGUUCUCGACAGAACGCCGUAGAAAGUAGUUGUAGUCAGAGAUAAUAUGUUAAAAUAUAUUUAACGGUAUGAGGUUGUACAGUCAUAAAUAAUUCAGAAACUAUUUGUUUCAUUUAAGCAAAAAAUCAUCAUUCUUUGCCCAGCUUUGCUGGUGUCACUUUUUACAUAUUAAAUGACAAAUUGAAUAAUUGUAAGGAAGCAACAUCUUUUCGAUUCAGAAAAGUACAGAGUUUUUUUUGGUUCUACCUGUUUGAAUUGUUCUUUGUUUUUUGUUUUUUUUUUAACAAAAUUAAUCUAAAAGUUGCUAAAAAUUUGAGACUGGAUAACGUCUUUAACUUGAGAUCUAAUCGUGAAUAUUGUGAUAAUUAGGGAGAGAUUGGUGUGAUUGACUUCAGGUAAUUGCUUCUUCUAAUUCAUUAUACCUUAUUUUCUAGAAAAGUCUUUAUAAAAACUUCAGCUGACCAUCAAAAGGACGUUAAUUGGUCAAACCCAGCAGGAGUUCUUAAUUUCAGUAGCAAAUAUGUGUCAAGUAUGAGGAUUUGGCUUUGUAAUCUUUUGCCAUUGCUAAACGUGUUAAAUCACAUUUAAAAAAAUUUCGCGCGAUUUCUCUCAAGCUCUACUCAAAAUAAACAGCAAUGUCGCUCAAUAUUUAUUACACAAUGUAUGGUUUACUGACUCGUGUUACUGACAGAGCAAUAAUUUUUUUCUCAAUAUAAGACUUCAAAAAUAUGUCUGAGUUUGCCAUUAAGGCUCGGAAACAAUAAUAAUUCUUCUGUAAUAAUAGAAAUAUAAGGUCACCAGCUAUGUUUGAAUCGAUGAAUAAAGCGGGCAAAUUUCCUUGAUUAUUUUUUUGCGAGAUUGAGAUUAUUAUUAUAUUAUUAUUAUUCAUGACUUAUUUUAACUUUGCAUUUACAUAAGCUCCUAGCAGUUCGGAACGAUCGCAGACACAAGGCUUUAUUUUUAUUAAUCUUAUUGGACUAUUUAUGUUUUUCUUUCCACUUAAGAGCCAUUAUCUGAGAAAAUCGAGAAUCGCAAGACACUCGUCAAAAAAUCGAAUUUUUUUUUAUUUUGCCAAAACAUUCCUUUUAGUGACCUUAUUUAAGGAAAAAUAGUUUUGGGUUCAAACGAUUCAUUUUAAAGGAGAAAUUAAAAAAAGUUUGAAAAAUCGAUUUUAUGCUCGUUUUUCGCACAAAACACAGCAGGAUGCAAUGGCAACUUCGAGAGAAGGGUGAACGCGUAAGAAACAUUCCCUGACAUUGAAACUUCACCGAAUUAUUAUUUUGUUCUUACUCUUGAAAAUCCUAAAAGAAAAUUUGAUAAACAAUGCUUUACAUUUUUAUAAUCGACAAGUGUAAAGAGGUCAUUUUUGUGACGUUAGACGUGCUAGAAAAUGAAGGCCAACUUUGACUAUUAAAAAAGGCCUCUGGUAUAUGCCGCUUGAUCAUAAAAUUAAUAUAAAAUGGAACCUUGGCUUUUGUACUAACUUACCGGAAAGUUUUAGCUCUGGAAAUCAAAUAUCAUCCUGACACCAAAGUAAGCGGUGAGAGUAAUUGAAUUGGGAAAUUUAUGCAAAUUAGACGGCUUGCGGACGGUUGUCAAACUAAAAGAAAGGUUUUACAUGAAAGGAUUACUCACCAUUGCUUGUAACACGUUUUUACGGCAAGGAAAGUUAUUUCCAACUUCUGUUGCGUCGUUUUUAGUCACAAAAUAUAUAAUUUUUAGCCAAAAGACAAACGUACGUUUGCUCAGCAACUGCGUCCGAAUCCGGCCGUGAAUCGAAAUAAAGUCACAACACGUCGAAGCAAGAGUUACAAGAGUUUUUACUUCAGUCAGGAGGCAAAAGGAAUAAAAAUUCAUCGCAAACUAAUGACUUCGAUUUUGAAAACCUUUCAUCACUUCAAUCGUUCGUCGGCUGAUAAUAAACAUAGCAUAAGAUCGUAUGACCUUUGGUCACACGCUUUAGUCACGUCAGCAUGCUGUCACGAAAUUUUCGUAGCUGUUGUCAGCAAUUUUAAUACAGUUUCGUCAUUUUUUGACAAGAAAUCCUCUCAUCGCAGUAGAAACAGCCAUGCAUAUUUAUUUUUCUUUUAUUUACCUACUAGGCUUGGAAACAGCUUUUUUGCCUUCGAAGUACUAAACAGGAGGGGUACCUCGGAUUCCAAGUGUCGUGAGUGAUCCGUGGAAGCGAAAAUUAAGACCAAAAAAGAACGAAUAUUUUGAAUACUUAAGUAAAGCCACAGCUAAAAAAAAAAUUUGUUCAAAAUAUUUUCAAACCAAGAAAGAAACAUACUUCGAUCAUCCCCGUGACUUGGAAUCUGGCCAGAGUACCCCCUCCCCCUCCCCUCCUCCCCUAUGCCGGGUCAAAAUACUAAGUUCCCCCGGCCCAAUGUCCCAUAGUCAAGGGAGUAUACUCUCUUGCUGUAGUAAAGAACUUGCAGAAUAAUACCAAUUCUCCGAGGCCGACGGAUUCAACGCUAUAGUUUACUUUGGUUUUGCUUGUUGAUUUUUUCGCUAUUUGCUCACGAUCAGGAGCCUAUAACCCCAACCACGACCAAAUUAUGAAACCUGUUAUUACCAGAAAAAAACACAAAGAAACAGUCAGUCAGAUAGACAGUACAUAAUUAAAAAGACCUCGACUAAGAUUAAAAAAAAUCAAUACAUGACACUGUCGAAUACGAAAACCCAGAAACCAUUAAUUAACCAUUAAGCUGCUUUUGUCCACAACUCGCCGGUAGAGGUGCGCGGAAACUAGUGAUUGUGAAAUGGCUUCAAACUAUGAUCCUAUACUGUUGGAAUAUUACUUAUCACAGAAAGCUACACCUGAUUUCUUCUAGCAUACCCAAUCCUCUUGGUUCGUGUGGACAAAGUAGCUCAUCCCGGCUAUUUGCACCAUGCUACCAUAGUCUCUUUAGAUUCCCAAGCCUAGCUCGCAAGCAGACCUUCCUGUCCCACGAACGUUGGGUAGGAUUGUAGGACAAGCCAAAAGAAAGUGAAGGCUAUAGGCUCUCGCGGUGAUGCAAGGAAGGUCGAGUAUUAUAUUCCCCUAUCCUGGUCGCCCAGGGUAAGUCUGCGGAGGAGUGUGACUGAGGGGCUGUAUGUUCGAAAAGUUGACUAACGCCCCCGGGACUAACGCUUUCCCCUGGAUAAAUCUAUAUCCAAUAAGUAACACAAUUGCUUCUUCUUAUUCGCUUGAUAGUGAUUUCAUGUUGUUCAACGUUUGAACAACAGGGCCCUAAGUAUUGUGUUUCGUCUUGCACUAAAAACCCAUAAACCUUAUAAAUUUCACUAUGAGACUUCAGCACCUCCCUUGAAUGAUCCAUUUCGCUAAACGGGACCUCAAAACAACGAUUCUGUGUAUCCUAAGGGAGUGUAUACUAUACUUUCCUGGCUCUCGUCACUCACAGUGAGGUGAUGGUGGCUUAUACUCUAAUAGACCUAACACAGUCGAACCUCCAUGUGCGACCGCCAAUCCAAAAGACCAAAUUUUCCCAGUCAAAGCCUUACAGUUGGAACCUCCAGUAAACGACCACCUUCUGUAAGUGACUGCGACCACUUUUUGGGCGUCACGGUUAAUUGUUUUCCAUAAGCGACCAGUUGACGCAUUCUCAGCUCUCUAUUUUUGCUGUGUGCACUAUGUUCCUUAGAAAAUAUGAAGACCUUUAGUGACAUCGUGGAACUACACAUAUCCUAACUUAGUAGAUGUAAGCAACAAAGUGAAGAUUCUGUUGUGAUUCUAGACUAUUCUAUAUCUCACUCACCUUGUCAAAAGAGGUAAAAGAUAAUAUUUUGCCAGGAAUUUGUUACACCGCCAUUUAAUAGAAUGUGCCUGGACCUCUUCUCGGAAUAGACCCCAUGUGGUCCGAUUCUUCUAAACGACCACCUCCCGUUAGGGACCACUAAGUCUUUGCAUUUUUGGUGGUCGCUUACUGGAGGUACGACUGUAUUACUUUGACCUAUCGGAGGCUUACCGAUAAUAAAGGGGAUCUGGAAGGGGGCAUGGAUGCGACAAUCACAUGCAAGGUCGCUUACUUAAAAUAGUGGACAUCUAACUGACAAUCAAAGUUUGUGCUUAUUAUUGGGGUUAUCUGGUGUUUACUCACCUCCCAAGCUACCCUGGGUGAGCCAACGUUUGCUCCAUUUCCUUACAAAACUUGGUAAACCAUUUACAUGAGAAACAAAAGGUUGGUUCGGAUAGACACCUUACUACCAGUAGUGGGCGGGUUGAGGGCUUCUGGAAGUCAGCCCUCCACUGAGCCGGUAGUGGUGGCCUCACCCUUUUAGCCCGGCUAAUAUUUCUCCACUUUGGCUCGCCCAGCUAGCUGGGACAACACGGUCAAGGCUAGACAAAGACAGCAUGCGCAAGCACUGUUGACUCGGACAAAGUGGUCAGUUUUUUCCUCAUAUAAACGCUCGCAAAAGUUGGCUCGGCUGGGAGGUUGACCUUCUCUCCGGCACAGCUUUUCUCCAUCCAUGGGUUCCAAACAGUCUUUAAGCAGUCACGUUUGAAAUUUAUAGGAAAAUGAUGUAAAUAAUAAUAAAAAAUACACUUUUUUCACAGCCUGUCAAUGCCUAGAAGGUGUCUAUAAAAGAAAUCAACUGCAGAACAGGAGUCAAUUUCAGUUUUUUGCGCUUUUCACGCUAGCACUGCGAAGCGGACUCGGGGCGCGAGACACGCGCGAUGCAUGGGGAACAAAGAAAUUAAAAAAUAAAUAAAUAAAUAAAGCAGGCCUGAUUUUAUUUCGAUGAGUCUAUUUUUUGUCGAAAGCAAACGUGAAAAAUCGUAUUAAAAUUCGUGACAGUAUGCUAACGUAACUUAAACGUGUGAUCGAUUUCCGGUCACACGCCAAAGGUCAUACGAUCUUGUGCGAUGUUUAUUAUCAGCCGGCGAACGACUGAAGUGAUGAAAGGUUUUCAAAAUCGAAGUCAUUAGUUUGCGAUGAAUUUUCAAUCUUUUGGCCUCCUGACUGAAGUAAAAACUCUUGCAACUCUUACUUCUAAAGGACCGCAGUGACGUGCUGUGACUUCAUUUCGAUUCACGGCCGGAUUCUGGCGCAGUCGCUGAGCAAACGUACGUUUGUCUUUUCGACCUUUUGGCUUAAAAUUAUGGAUUUUGUCACUCAAACCGACGCAACAGAAGUUGGAAGUAACUUUCCUUGCCGUAAAAACGUGUUACAAGCAAUGGUGAGUAAUCCUUUCAUGUAAAACCUUUCUUUUAGUUUGACAACCGUCCGCAAGCCGUCUAAUUUGCAUAAAUUUCCCAAUUCAAUUACUCUCACCGCUUACUUUGGUGUCAGGAUGAUAUUUGAUUUCCAGAGCUAAAACUUUCCAGUAAGUUAGUACAAAAGCCAUGCAAGGUUCCAUUUUAUAUUGAUUUUAUGAUCAAGCGGCAUAUACCAGAGGCCUUUUUUAAUAGUCAAAGUUGGCCUUCGUUUUCUAGCAUGUCUAACGUCACAAAUAUGACCUCUUUAGACUUGUCGAUUAUAAAAAUACAAGACAUUGUUUUUCAAAUUUUCUUUUAAGGUUUUCAAGAGUAAGAACAAAAUAAUAAUUCGGUGAAGUUUCAAUGUCAGGGAAUGUUUCUUACGCGUUCACCCUUCUCUCGAAGUUGCCAUUGCAUCCUGCCGUGUUUUGUUCGAAAAACAGGAAUAAAAUCGAUUUUUCAAACUUUUUUUAAUUUCUCCUUUAAAAUGAAUCGUUUGAACCCAAAACUAUUUUUCCUUAAAUAAGGUCACUAAAAGGGAUGUUUUGGCAAAAUAAAAAAAAAUUCGAUUUUUUGACGAGUGUCUUGCGAUUCUCGAUUUUCUCAGAAAAUGGCUCUUAAAACCUGGAAAAUAUGUUUGAGUUUGCUGUAAAUGCUCGGAGACAAACUCGUUAUUUAUUUCCGCAAUAAUGGUAAUAUAAGAUCAUCAGUUAUGACUUGGAUCGAUGAAUUGAGCAGACAUCUUUUAUAUCGUUGAAUUGUUUUAUUUUAUUCUUAUUUUAUAAAUUUGCAUUGAUUUAAUGUCCUUGUAAUUCGAAAUGAUCGCAAACACAAGGCUAGGCGAGGUGCUUCGUUAAUAAAAAUAAUUAUCGCUACACAACUUUGAAUUUAAGAGUUGCGAGUAGAUUCCUAUAUAUUCCAGAGAUUCACGAACGAUGUCACAAAAUAACGUAAUGAAAUGAAAACUUUAAGCUGGCUUUAAUUCGUUCCCUUUAAUUUUUAACAUUUUUACUAUAUAAAGUACCACAAUCCUAAGUGAAUUACGAUUGUGUCAGAACAAAGCACGCCGUUAAUACUAGCGAAUCACCGGGCGUAAAAAGAGACCUCAUGUAGUCGCUAAAUCUAUUUACAAAGAGCUGUCACUACAAUCCUCAAUUUUUAACGAUCCUGUCAACGUGGAUUUGAGUUCUUGAACUAAAUACAUAUGAUUAUUUCUAUAGUGAUUUUAUUUCAUCGCAUUAUGCGAAUAUGUAAUCGUUGUUCAAUUUGGACAACUGUAGUUAGAUUUUUCUAAACGUUUACUUGGCCUAUUUCGCUUUCCAUUCGCUAUUUAUUACUUGGUGCACUUCUCCUUUGAGUGUUUAGCCUAAGGCUUGCAGUCAAGGUAAACAGCUCAAAAAAUCGGCUACCAAAGGUUUGCUUAUUUUGCACUGGCCCCUUUCAAUAUUCUUCCCUUAACCCAAUAAGGAGCCAGUGGUCUCUGCAAUCACCGGUCAGAAUGCAGAAUAUUACCAGAGCAGCAUCCUAAAGGGGUGUAAUUCAGGAAGCAGUCUGUCUUUACUUUCGGGAGUGAUUUCAUGGUUAUCAUGCUGAUGCUUGGCGGGGGGGGGCGUGGUUGUUAGUACUUGCGAAACAAACAACGAACAAUUUUUAAUACAAAAUCAUUCUGACCUGGAGUUCUGAUUUCUUUGCUCUCACUGGAUAUAUUGGGUCUCUCAACUUACAGAGAGAAUAUUAUCAGGGCAAUCAAAUCAAGACUUAUUUGUUUGAGCGCCUCGAGACAGAAAGAAUUGCAGCAUCAACCAGAAAAAAGGCCGAACGUGAAAAAAGUAGCUUUCCGAUUUGGCAGAUUCAAAUCAACUCCGCCUAUCAUGUGGAUUUAUUUUUUACAAGUUCUACCUUUUGGGAAUUUAAAAGUGCACGAAUAAUGAGUUCGAAUUUUUAAAAUUGCCAAAUAUACUGCAGAUUGAAAAGAAAAACAGACCUCUUGGUCAAUCGCAAAUUAAAGUUAUUUCCGAAAAGGUGCAAAAAAAAAAAAAUCAACUAAUCUGCAAAAUUAAACUCCCGCAAAAAAGUGUCACUUGGAAACGCAUUAAUGAAGCUACUUUCUGUUUCAUUUGUUUUUGUUUUUAAUUUUUCUCCUAGCAAAAUAAUUUCCAAAGCAUAUCCUCAGUGAGUUUUUAGAACGUCUGUAUCGAGCAACUUAAAACUCGUUUUUAAAAACGUGAAGGGCGGAGUUCGGAAUCGAAAAUAAUUUAUAUAAUAUUUCAAUUAUUUGGCCAGCUCCCGUCUAUCUGCGAAGCAGCAACCAAACAUACUUCUCUACAUGAAAAGAUGAUUAAUUAUUACAAAUCAGAAAAAAACAAGCUUCUUCUUAAGAAGCCUUCAUAAAGUUUUUACCUAUGUCAACACCGCUUUGCGUAAAACUGUGAAAAUGGAACGAAGGCCAGAAAAAUGACUCUGUUGAGGGUGCGGCAUAUUGCUUGAAAAUGAGUUUCUGUAGAAAAACCCUCAUUAAACAAGACCGAUUCACAAAAAACCGAGAGGAAAAUUUGUGUAACAGAAGACCUCUAGUGUAACAGUAGCUUAGCUUUUAUUUUAUUUUUUUUAUUUUAUUAGCUUCGCCAAAAAACAAACAAACAGACAAACAGAAAGAACGUUGGCAGGGACACCGCAACAGCUGUGGCCAAUUACAGCGGGCCCGGAUACUAAUAAAAAAAAAUAAAAACAAGAAAUGUUAAAAAGCACAGCGAUACAAGAAAAACUACAGCUACAUACAACAAGUUAUUAGAGUUAUUAGAGCCGUUAUUACACGAGCACAAUUACAUCUUGUAAUGGUCUGCGUAAGAACUAGGCAGGCAGAACGCAAAAUCGAUUAAAAGGUGUUAACUUUUAAUUUUUAAUAUCAAUUAAAUGGUGGGUUCUGAUUGGCUGAAAUCCGAAAAUCGACGAAAAAACAAAGAAAAACGUGACAAAAACAACUUUUUUUAGCUUUAUUUUCCCCAUUCUCCUGUCUUUUACCUCACGGCCAAGUUUAAGCAUUGUUCUGUGCGCCAAUCAAAAGUUAGAGCGGAAAACGUGCAACACGCUCGUGACAUUGUUGUGAACCAUCUUGGAUGCGGCAUUUGAGAUGUGAGGAAAUUUGUCUUUUGCCCGAAGAAAUGUCGUCAAUUUCAUCGCUGAAAUCUACGUAUUUCCCUUUAUCGAUUGUUUAUUGCUUUUAUUCAAUGUAUUUUAUCAUCGGAGUGAUCGUGAAAUUCCUACUGAAGCAGCGUUUGCAGCUGUCCUCAACAUGUCGUCGAGUGGCCAUGUGGUCAAGUAGGACCGAAGCAGUUGUUUAUGUUGUCAGGAGGAGAUCGCUGUGAUUCAGUGAUUAUUCAGAGAAAUUGUGGAGAAUAGCUGGGCAAAAAGAGUGGAAGCGAAAGAUUUGUUCUUUAUAUAGAAAUAAAUUAAAUUUCUUAAAGCGAUGUGAAGCCGCCUGAUUUGAGCUCGAGGUAAGCUAAAGCCAAUAAAUUUUCGCAUCACCGCAUGAUGUGACUGUGUAGUUAUUUUGUCCUUUUCGAAACUUCAGAAUUUUGUGUAUCUUUACUCUUCUAUAAUUCGAUUUGUUUUCAAUCUAGGCUGUUUCGUCGAGCUAAGUGCAACUUAAGACGAACGAAUUGAAAUUUGUGAUUGUAAUUUCGCAACAGUUGUAAGACGGCAGCCGCUUUAAUACAAAUGUAGCUCUCACCAGUUUUGAGUGUUACCUGGUACGAAAGAUCAUGUAAGUUUGACUGUAACUGUUUCCUUUACUUUUUCUAAGAAUGAAAGUAGGUUUUGCGGAGAUAUUUAGACUAAAAAUAUAUCUACCAUGCAAGACUGCCGAGAGAGCUUCUUCUGAAACCGAAUUCUCCGAACAUCCAUGAAUUUUUUUUCUGUAUUAUUCAAAUGCGGGCCAUUAGGAUAACCCUCCGACGUGAUUUUAUCAAAUUGUUGUUCUUUAUGGUGGCAAAAUAAAAAUGCGCGACUUUGGCGUGUUCGCCAUGUGAGCUUGGAUUACUGCUGUUUCCGAUCACAGUUUUGACAUUUCCUUUGUGAGAGCCGAGGUAGCUGUCUUUCAGAAGGUCGCCGAUUGAUGUAUUCCUGUGCCAUUUUCAUGUAAUUUUAUAUCAGUUUAACUUUGCUCGGGUUUGGUGCAUAGAAAUCCUCUAAAUUUUAGAUAUGUUAUAGUUUUCAACCUAUCAAAGCAGUAGACAAAAUUAAAAGUGGUUUGAAUGACUCUUUUGCUAUCUUAAUUCAUUUCUAAAAUUCAAAUUUCGCGCUUUUCGCUCUAUUGACCAAUCAGAGCAUUCAAAUUUAAUUUGAUUAGAGAAAUUAGCACCUAAAAAAUAACUGCCGCUAUUGCACUGGCCUAUUGUUCUUUUGCCUAGUUCUUACACGGACCAUUACAAAAACAGGUAGACUUUGAACGAACGUGGGUCUUCACAAUCAUAGGAAACAGCUAAUGCGGACUUAUAAUAAUUAAAAACAACCGAUUUAAAGGAAGCUAAGGUCGAUGAGCUCAAAUCUAGUUUAUCCACUAAACAAUUCCAAAUUCUACUAGUUCUAAUGAGAAAGGAUUUUUGGUACGUACUUGUUUUACAUUUCUUAAUUAUGUAUUUAUUAACAUUGCUGGUUGAGGAUCUAGUGCGUCUACCGUAUUUGAGAACUUCAGGUAGGACAGAGGGGUUCACGUUAACAAGACCGUGUGUCAAUUUGAAAAAAAAAAGUUAGAUCUAAAAGUUCAUGCCAGUAACAAAUAGGUAUUAGGUUUUAGAGUUUGUAAACGAGACUUAUAACUUAUAUUAGAAGAAUAAGCUAGGCAGUUUUAAGAUAAACUUAGUCGUGCGUCUUUGGAUACGCUCAAGCUUGACAAUGAGCUCAAUGGACUGUGGGGCCCAAAUUUGGGUGGCGUAUCCCAAAUGUGGCCUAACUAAGGCUAGGUAUAGUGUUCGUCUUACUUCGGUUCUAAGUAUGAACCUCGUGCUCCUCUUUGAGUAUCCAAGCAGUUUAUUAGCUCAAAAAGAUUGUUCGUUUACUUGUUUUUACCAUGCCACAUCCUUAUUAAUCCAAAUGUCCAGAUCUUUUUCUGCAGGAUAUAAUUCAGGUGCGGUGUUGUUGAGUUUGUAAGAGGAUAAGAUCGGCUUUGUUUUCCUUGUAAUGUGCUGCGCCUUACACUUAGCUUCGUUAAAAAGGAGACCGGAUGAUUGAGACCAAGUUGCAAGCUUCCCCAGGUCUUCCCGGAGAGAAGAGGCAUCCCCCAAAGUCUUUAUCUCUCUGAAUAUUUUUGUGUCGUCAGCGAUCAUCAAUACUCGACCGCUAGAACUGAUGACUUCCGGAAGGUCGUUGACGUAUAAGAGGAAGAGGGCUGGUCCGAGUAUGGAACCCUGAGGUACUCCAGAGGUAACAGGAAGAUCCCCUGAAGUGGCGCCGAGAACCGUAACGCGUUGGCGUCGACUUGACAGGUAGGAGAAGAACCAGUUAAGCAGGUUUCCACCGAAACCGGCCUGGAUUAGCUUAUGGACGAGGCCUCUGUGACUGACUUUGUCGAAAGCUUUUGACAUAUCGAGGUAGAUGGUACCAACCUGGCUGCCACUAUCUAAGAGUGAACCAAUGUGGUCAAGAGCCUCAAGCAGGUUGGUGACGCACGAUCUUCCAGUACAAAAACCAUGCUGUUUCGGUGAAAUUACCUGGUACAGGUGAUCCUUGAUGCUAUUCAACACACAACGCUCAAAGACCUUGGACACUAUUGGGAGUAGAGAGACGGGGCGGUAAUUUUCCACGUGGUCUUUUGCACCCUUUUUUGGACAGGCACGACGUUAGCUAGUUUCCAAUCACUCGGGAGAUACCCUAGUUGCAGUGAUUUGUUAAAGAUCUUGAUCUAAAAAAAACGGGCCUCUGAAGGUGUCUGCAAUUCACUGUCACUCUCUGAGCUGUCUGCUAUAGCAGAGUCGACCAGAGUCAACGCACGCCGAUUGUUUCGCGCAGUUCACCGUAUUUUUUGAUUUAUUUUGUUUUCCUUAGUUUUUUUUUAAUUUAAGGAAAUUUAGUCUUUUUUUGUCGUUGUUGUCCGAACAACGUUAUGAGGGCACGUGUUUUGCUAAGAAAUGUUUUAGUAACACAAUUUAUAAAUCCAAGUCGUGUUUUUUUUUGUUUUUGUUAUUGUCUACAAGUUUUUCUAUCCGCAUUUUUCCAUCCGCGUCCGCCAUCCGCAGGUAUCCGGUCCUCGUUUUACAGACACCCGUCGCGAAUAUAAUUAUUCAUUAAAAAAAGAUACAGUUUAGGUUUAGUGGAAGUUUCCACAUAAAAAAAAAGAAUAAUUGGAAAAAUUGUACCCUUAACUAAGUCGUUUGAGUACCUUUUUGAAAAUAUUCUCUUUCAUAAAGGCGACUGGCAAUUUAAUUCGCUGAGCAUCACUUCAACAUGGCUCAAAAUUCAGUAUUUCUUACCUAUUACGUAAUUCUGGUAGAUCGUUUGCCUUUCAACUUAAAAGCAAAAAAAACUCUACCUCUCAUCAUUGUUUUAUGACACCUUAGAUUAGAAUGAGAAGAUCGCUGGCCUAAAAAAUAAGCGAUAUUAAGACGCAAAUUACGCAUCAACUGUCAUCGCAGCUACCGUAAAGUCAUAACCCAGAAGGUUACCAAUUGUUCGGAUAAACAUUGCACAGAAAAGCCUCAUCAUCGUAAAAUCGAUCUGAUAAGCCCCUUUCAAACGGACGCAACAUUGUUGGAUUUCCGUUUGCCCACCCUAUUGCAUGUUGUUGCUUGUAGUUGAGAGUUGUUGCGCAACAUUUGAGGGUUCAUGUGUGCAACAUUUGAGACCGGUCAAACUUUUGAGCCAUGACUCCCAACUUUUUUUUUGUUCCUUGAUCGCAGAAGCGUGGCGCAAAAAUGUGCACAGCUCUUCCAACAUUGUUGGGGCCACGCACGAUGCACUUCCCACGACACACUGCACGACGAUUUUUAGCGCAACACAGCGUUGCAAUAUUGGAACAUUGUUAUCUCUGCUGUAUAUUAUAUUUGCCAAACUGUUCAAGCAAACUGUCGUUCCGAAUCUUUGCUGAUGCCACUAAUAUAUUUUAUGCAAGUAAUAAUCUGCAUAACCUUGACUCUGUCAUGAAUGAAGAAUUUAAGUCAGUAGUUAAGUACCAUGCCAUUAACAAAUUAUCUAUAAACUUUUCAAAGACAAAUUACAUCCUAGUCUCAUCCUCAAGGUUAAGUGAAGGUACAAAUGUAAAUAACAUCAAGAUUAGAAGCCAAAUAAAGUCCCUGGGCGUGUAUAUAGAUCAACACUUAAACUGGGGACCUCAGAUUAAGCAUAUUAAAAAUAAAUUAGCAAAACAUAUAGGAAUUAUUACCAAAUUAUGACACUAUGUAAAUCUUCAUACAAUGAAACAACUGUAUUACUCUUUGAUAUAUCCAUAUUUAACUUAUGCUAACACAGCUGGGGAAGUGCUUGCAAAACUAACCUGAAUAGGAUCAGGACUAAGCAAAAUAAAUGCAUUUGUUCAAUUUUUUUUGGCACACAGUAGAGAGAAAGUUUCGUCUUACUAUAAUUUAUUGGAUAUCCUCAAAUUUGAUAACAUUUUCAAACUUAAAGUAGCAUUCUUUGGACAUAAAACCAUUAACGAUCCAACAGGCAUCCAAACAAUAUUCUCUGGAAGUCCACCUCUAGCUUCUGACUGCCAUAGUAAUUAUACUAGAUUUGUUUCUAAUCUUAACUUCCAAGGGCCACAAUAAACAGUAACUAUGGAGCUUCCACUUUUUCUUUCAUUGCGUCGAAAAUAUGGGAGACUAUUCCACUGGAGCUUAAAAAACUAUAUGUCACUACCGCUUCAAUCUCUAAACACUUCAAGUUAUAUCUGCUUAAUAGGCCAUUUGCACGAUGACAUCAUUUUACUACUACGACCAGAAUCUAUCAGGGGUUUUGCUUUCUUGUGCUAAUUAGGGCUUUUGUUAUUCAAACCUCACUGGGAUUAAAAAAUUUAAAUAUGAAAGGAAAAACGAAAAGGAUUCUGGUCGUAGUAGUAAAAUGACGCCAUCGAACAAAUGGCCUAUUCGCAAUCUGUUUCCUAGAAUACAUUGAUUUAGUUGACUUUAGUUUAACCACUUUUAGCCAUGUUUUGUUGUUGUUGUUGAUUUUUUUGGUUGUUGUUUUUGUUGUUGUCAGUGUUCUUUGUUUUCUUUUGGUUUUUUGUUUAAUACACGUCAAUAUUGUUACUUUAGCACUUUUUUCUCUUUGUAUAAUUAUUUUUCACUAGGCUUAUUGUUUAUGCCAGCUAGCUUAACCUGGCAGUGACCAAUCCGGAAGCAUUUAUUUAGCUAAUUUGGUCAGUGUGCACAUCUUAAUUCCUUAAUUUCUUGUUAUCUUUAUUUCUGACAUUGUUCCACAAUGUACUUACACAAAUUAUUAUACUACUACAUGAGAAAUUUCUGCAAUUUGAUUGGCUUAGAGCAGUGGUAUUUCAGCUUAAUUUGAAAUACCUACAUGAGAAAACUACAAACCUUUUGUGGGUAGUAGUAUAAACAAAUAAUAGCAUGAUUUGUACGUGAUAUUUGGCAUAAAUACCACUUGUGAUAUAAUAAUAUAAAAUUGUCUCAAAUUUCACUCGCCUAACGGCUCGUUAAAUUUCGUAUAACAAUUUUGAAAUAUCACUUGUGAUAUUUAUGCCAAAUAUCACUACAAAUCAUGCUAUUACCUAUACAAAUUCCAAUGUAAUCGAUAUGUAAAUAGUGCAAAAACAAUAAAAUGUGAAAAAAAAAAUCUGAAAUCUAGCCUGUUCCUGCUUUCUUAUUUCGCGCCGCAUUCCAUUUUCCGAACGCCGGGAACAGGCUGAGCAAUGUUGUAACAAUGAUGCAAAGCUGUGUUGCGCUAAAAAUCGUCGUUGCGAAUAGUCUCGUGUAACAUCACUUUGCACGUGCAUCACACUUUUUUGUACAUUUCUUUGCCGUCAUGUCACUGCACGACUACGACGUGAAAAUGCCUAAAUUCACGCUUUAUGGAGGACGUAAACAAGCGAUGACGAAUUUUUCUUUGAUUCUCUUUUUAACCUGAGUGGGGUCCCCUAGAAAUCAACUCCAUGUAGGGAAAUUGGCCUACAUUUGACAUUUUCAGCGAACUCACUAAAACGCGACAAAGUUUGAAAAAACACGAGUUCAUUUUAAAAGUAACGUUUCGUUGCCGUCGCCGUCAUCGAUGCUAAUUAUUAGGGACUUUAACAUCCAACUGACGACGCGAUAGCAAGGAGAACGUCUCUUAAAAAGUUAAAUUGCGCUCUUUUAGUCUUAAUCGCGAUUAUUCCUACCCACUUACGUUGCCAAAUGUAAGUGAACCCUCCUGAAGUUGAAUUCCUACGGACCAUAUCAAAGUUCAGAAGGAGAAAUAAAUAAAGUGUCCUCGUUGCCGUGUUGAGGUACUCCGUAAAACGCGAAAUUAGGCAUUUUCAUUUCGUAGUCGUGCAAAAUUGCAAAAACGGGCAAAGAAAUGUACAAAAAAACGUGAUGCACGUGCAAAAGUGUUGUUUUGCUUAUAAAGCUUACUGUUUUUUUGGACGUUCUCUUUGCCGUCGGCGUUGCUGAAUCUUAAUCUACAACAAUUUCUAUGACGUUUUUUAAAUCUAUAGAAAGGUCGCCAAAUUUAUAUAUAGUGUUGCAUUUUGUUGACAAUAUCAAUAAUUAAGGAAGCACUUUGUAGAACAGCACUCUCUUGAGCUCUCGAAAGUUGUAUUGAGUUUGAGAGUGUGUGUCCUCUUGUACAAAUAUUGGUAGUUUAUUCAGUGUUAUACAAAGUAGAUAUCGCACGCAAUAUUUUCACCGAAAUUCUUUUCCCUGAUCUUAUUUGUGACGAUUUUGUCUAUAAGCCUUGAUGAAUUUUGCUGAAACACCCUUGCCGGCCAGUCGGUAAACCCUGCCACGGGUCUUUAUAUUUUCCAACGUUUGACUGGGGCCAGUUAGCGAAAAUUCGUCAAGGACGCCUUCUAAAAAAAGUAAAGGUACCAAUUUUAAAAGUGAUUUGUUGAAAAUUAACAAAGUUAUAGCUCCAAAGCGGAAUUUUACAGACAUUUGCCCCCCACCAACCUCCCUAAAUUGUCGCUGCGACUUUGUGGAAUAAUAUCUUCGCUCGCUUCAGACGUAUCACCUGAUAGUUUCCUAAUUAUUAGGAGCUCUUCCCAGCGGUGCACUAUUUUUAUCAAAGUUGACAAAAAACAAAAUGGCGGUCUAUUGUUAGGAGAAGAGUGGCGCCAUGCAUAGUGGUCGACUGGGUGCAACUUCACAAUAAGCUAAAAAAACGUACCACCAGCUAGAAUUAACAAUUAAUGAAUUAACAAUUAGAAUUAACAAUUAAUGAAUGAGGCUGAGUAUCUUAUGAAGAAUUAUGGAGAUUGAGGAGGGUGUUAUCCGUUGAGGCUGUAGGCCGAGGCGGAUAACACCCUCCGAGAUCUCCAUAAUUCUUCAUAUGAUACGAAAGCCAAAUUCAAUAAUUGUUUUAUUGAAAUUUGCAGUCAUCAGUAACUGGUUAUGGUGAAUUAAACGUGUGCUUUUCGCCAAUCAGAAUCGGGAAAAUAUUUUGAAUGAAUUAUAAUACCAGUUAAGAGAGGGUAAAGGCCCUCUCUUUUUAAUAAUAAAGAGCCCUGAAGUAUCAAAGAAAUCCUUACACCACUAAGGAAGAAGAGGAGGACCGAAGUUAUGGAACAGCCCUGCGUACGUAGGAAAAUAUGUAAACCAGCGGUGGAAGGACUUUCAGAUUGCACCUACUUUAUAUCAGAUAUUCAGGAGUUGGGAGAACAUCCCGGACAUUGUUACACGUACAACACGUUCAACACGUUACACGUACAAAACAACACGUACAGGAAACAAAAGUUUCAAGAGAGCGUUGAUGAAAUUAAUUGCUUAGUAGGUUCGAAUGAUCAAGAACAGUUGCUCACGUACUAUGUGGUUGCUCCCAAAUGGCACAGACAACUUUCAAGGACAGCCGUGAUCGAAUGCUAUAUAGGACCAUUGUACCAUUUAGCACCUCUCUACCGUGGUUUAAGCAUAGCGACCCAGUUCCGUGUACGGAGAAUAAUAAAGCGAAAGUCUUUUGGGUUAUUCCAUGGCAUCUGGAAGAAAAACAUAGAAGGGACUAUUUGUCAGGGGCACCCAACGAUAUGGUCUCCUCCUAAAUACAUUGAAAACUCCUUUUAGGCUAUCCAGAGUACCCUUAGAUCUCUUAGAUCUCGUCCUAGCGGAACUUGAGUCUUACAAGGGCUAUAUUAUUUUCCCGAAACUUUUAGCUGCAAUUGAACGUUUUACGAAAGUGAGAAUUGUUCUUAUUCCUCUCUUGAUCACAUUCUUGAAUCCGAAAAGUUUAGGUUUCACUUUUUCUACGAAAAUUAUAGCCUAACAUGGGUAUUAAAAUGAGAAAAAAUUAAACUUCAGAAAAUCGUAGGGAAUUUAUUAGAUAAGCUUCGAACAUUGUACCUGAAUGGAACGGUCAUCUAGAAAUUUCUAACCGUCCUCAAGCAAUAGAAUAUUCUAGGCAAUAUUUGCUUCUCCGAACCGAUAUUGUACAGAAAACAGUCGUUGGGUGCCCCUACGUGCCAGGAGAAAAGCUGAAAUCGAACCUACGCGAUUCUAUAACAAUUAAUUAUUUGACAAAAGUAAGUUGAUGACAGGAAAUUCUAUAAGUAACGAAAUUGGGAUUUAAAGUGAUUUACCUUCACGCAUACUUUUGAUAAAAAUUAGAAAGAAAUAUACGAUUUAUUUCUGCCUAAAAACAUCCCUUCAAUGUCGGACCAUGUCGGAUGUCGGUUAAUGUUUUUCCUGUCGGUAAUCGGUAAAUUUCCCUCAUUAUCGAGCAUUUUAGUGACUUUCUUUUUGGUGGGAGGGGAGACCGAGCAGUUUAGUGGGAAAAAAUGAAGCAUUAUGAUGGAGCAUUUUAGUGGGGAAACAAAAGCAUAAUGUACAAAGCCUACAGAAGGCCUCACAGGAAUGGCUGUAACCAAGUUGCAACCACAGUAAACAAGCGACAUAAACCGGAAACAAUUGUAUAGAGCUUCGUGCUAUUUUCAGACCCUUCGUGCUAUUAAUGACCAACGAGCUUCGUGCUAUUUUCAGACCCUUCGUGCUGUUAAUGACCAACGUUCACCAAUCGUACGAUCGGGCGUUUUCACGAAUUGUAUUUUGUGUAAUUACAUUGGACAUACGCCGGAAAUUACGAAUUUCGAUCCAAUACAAAAGCGACAAAAGAUAUUAAGGCAAACAGUCGGACCUGAGUCAGUCGAGGAGAAGGAUCGCCUGAGUUUGUCAGAUCUGAGGUCUUACACCGCUGUAGGUUUCUUCACACCCAAUGAAGGAUGGCGGCAACUAAUAGUACUUUCAGAGCAGAUCCCAGCGAUGAAAAUCUCUAUAAUCACAUAGAGUUGUUUAAUAGACAGUCUAUACAAGGCGAAGCCCCAGCAGCAAUCCAAACUCACCAAGAGGAAGCAGCAUACCAGACUUAUGGAGGGAAUGCCAUACCACAAGAAGAAAGGAAGAUUAUUGCGAGAAGUCGCCGUGAGAGGUCAUUCGCUAUGAUAGCUGUUCUAGUCUUAUCCUUCUUGGCAAUGGUUGCUGCAUCGAUCUGUUUAGCCAUGAUGAUGAUAUCUACUGACGGUAAUUUUUUUCUUUAUUUUUUAUUGCAUUGAUUGUGGCUGAUUCUUGUAAUACAUGUUUUUAAACCCGUUGGUCUGGAUUGAUCAAGCCAUCUUGCACUUUAUUUCACUGUACGCCGGAGGAUGGUGCUGGUCGCCCCACGUAAAGGAACCCAGUUUUCGGGAUCUGCGAUAUUUUUGAGUGCGGAAUCCGAAAUACAGCUCCAUGAAUACGGAAUCCCACUAGCAAUUGGAAUUCAGAACCCAAACUUGUUCCACUGACGAAGAAUCGGAAUCCAGUACCUUGAAUCCGGAAUCCACGGCGUGGAAUCUAGAAUCCAAGACUUUCUUGGAUUACCUUACAUAGGGCGAUAUUGGCCAUCUCUCGUUCCCUUUUACCAGGGCAUUUGGCAUGUUUUAGGAUUUAAAUCACAUUAUUUUUAGGCCACAGGCACUUGGGAGACCGGAAAUCACAUGAUCUCUAACUCUUCCCUGAAUGAAUCUAGUGAGAUGGGUGAUAUUUGACUCAUUUUCAUUUAUUUGUUUGUUGCAACGGUACGUUAAUAAGUCCCAAAAGGGCGAAUCAACGCUCUCUGUAUCUGUCUGACUUCUACUUAUUGGUGCUUACAUGACGAAGUUAAUGUUAAUUGUGGUACGGACGGGGAGGGGAGGGGAGGGGAGGGGCUCUCAUAUAAAAGUAACGGGGAUCGGCUUGUCGGAGAUUUGGAAUUAAAGGGACCAAUCUGAACGUGGCAGCGGAUUUAUUUAAACCCCAGGAGGCUAUACUUCAACACAGUAUGACUCCUUUUUGUACUUAUAUAUUUCUUCACGCGCAAUCCUUAAGCGAUACCUUUUUUAGGGGCGAAAAUGUUGGCGUUUCGCCCUCAACACCUAAGUAAGACCAAAAUCUACAAUUUCCACCCGUAAGCAAGAUGAUGGGCAUCCGCGUCACUUUUCUAUAGGAGUCUCUCCCCCGCCUCGUCCCCCGAGACUAUUUAUGGUGUUGUUUUAAGAACCGGGUUGCUGUCGCUUAAUUCCUCUUCUAGAUUUUAUGAUCGACCAGUCUUUGUAUGGCUUUGUAGGUGCCAGUUCCGUUUAUAUUGAAUACUUCAUCAAUCUGACCCAACCUCCGUUUUCCAGUUGCAGAUAAAACAUACCGUAACAUUCCGAAAAUAAGCCCCGGGGCUUAUAUUUUUCAAAGGUCCUUUUUGAGGGGCUUAUAUACGGCAAAUUUGCGUUUCAAAAUCGGCUAGGCUUAUUGCUGGUUUUCAGUGUCAUGCCAUUCAAAAUAGAUAAAAAUCAAAAUCAAAACCAUUCGACAGAUGAAGUCCAGAAUCUGGGAAAUGAAAGGAGAUAAAUAUACAAAGACCCUGGCCAAGGUUUGCGUCGAAGGAAUAAUUCGUAUACGAGAUAUCCGAGGAAAUGUUUUACCCAAAUUUAGAGGAGCUUUGUACGGAGACGCCAUGCUGAAGCUCAUCCGGAUGAGCUCCAACAUGGCGAACGGAAACCAACAGAAACAUCUGUUACCGAGUUUUGCUACAAAAGUGUGAAUUUACUCCUAGAGGAACUCAUAAACAUUAAAGUAAUAAUUUUUCUAAUACUUGAACUGUUUAGAUAGCAAAAUUCCCCGAAAAUAAUCACUUUUUUAACCUAAAUGACAGCUCUCUCGGCUGUCAUGUAAAUGCUGAGUCACGCAAAAGCUCAGAAAUUUAAGCAUACUCUAUUACAAAACCAAGAGCCCUUUUGAAGCGAAAAUUUGUUUGAAAAUUAGUUUUCAGCUGCUCUAAUACACCAUGAAAUUGAAAUCUCAGUAGGAUCGAUAGUUUUGUAGUUUGAAUUUUAGUGACAUCAUGCGAAAACCAACAAUACUGGGAGAGAAAUAUGCGUCUCAAACUCCAUUGGGCUAGCUUAUAGUUGGAAGGAAAUUUACGUUAGUAAUUUGCAGCAAGUUUUUUACUGAAGUUCAUCUUGAGGACGUAGAUCUUUCUAAAACUCAGCCAUGCAAGUUCCUUGUCUAUAUGGACCGAGGAAAUCCAAGCCAAAACUGAAAAGUGAACUACGCAAACAGCAAUAUUAAUAUGCUGUGACACUUUUUGACUGCAAUCAUUUGGCACACGUAAUAGUUCUUUGGCAAAAGCAAAAUUUAUGUGUUACUGUUCAGUUUUUUAUUUGUGUUGUUUUGUUUUUUAAUUUGAGGGCAAUUUCCGAGUACAAGCCCCCGGGGGCUUGUAUUUGGAGAGGCAAUUUAUGGGAGGGUUUUUUGCGUUGCGAUUUUGGUGGGCUUUUAUUUGGAGGACCUUAUACGACAUGGAGAGGCUUAUUUCGGAAUUUUAAGGUAUUUAUUGAUUCAUUGAUGAUGUUUUAUUUUUUUUUGGUUUUGUAAUUUGUUUGCCUAAUUUUUGCAAUUGGGAGUGUUCCGGGGAUCCGACCCGUCAGGGGGUGUUCCGCGGUAUUCCGGGGUGUCCUGAGGGUGUCCCGGGGGUGUUCCUGGUUUCACAGAAACUCAAAAUAGAGCCUGAACUAUUUAAUCAUACCCCUGAAUUACAUCGGUUCCUCUUUAGUUGCGCAUAUUGUUAGACAUGUGAAGAGGCGAGUGAGUGUCUUGAUGUGACUGAUUUGUUUGAAAAACCAAGGUGGCCUCGUUACGCUUCUGUCACCAGGCUCUUAAGUACUAUUUUCGUUCUUUAACACACGCCAAAAAAAUAGUCGCUUGCAAAUGAACCUACAUGUACAGCCUCUAACAACAGACCGCAGGCUAGGGAUACAUGUUGAUGCGGCAGUUACAACUUGAUUGUCUUGAGUUUUGUUAACAACAUUUGACAUUUUCUUUAUUGCCAUAUUGAAACCUUCAACUUAUUUUUUGACUUUACAAUUUGAUGACGUCACUGUGAAAAGUAUCUAUUCUAGCUGGUCGUCUUCCAUACUUUAUAAACUCCAUUUAUGGACAUUGUCUAUCACUUAAGCCCAUUUUAUAUAAUUUUCUGUGUAUUUCCGUAUAGAUGGAGUUGAUAGUGGUUGGUCUUCCUGGGGCCCUUGGGGUCCCUGUUCUGUUAGAUGUGGGGGAGGCAACCAAAACAGGGUUCGCGAUUGCACCAAUUCCCCUCCUUCAAAGGGUGAAAAUGCCUGUCUUGGCUUGAGCAUGGAGUCGCAAGCUUGCAACCCACAGAACUGCUCCCGUAAGUAUUGAACAGUAGCAUUUGUGCAGGUAAUUUUCAUUUAUAUAGCUUUAGAGUGACAACCGUGAUUGUUAUUUCAGUGACACGACAUAUAAACAACAGCACCGGUAAAUGACAAAAAUGAAAUAGAUAAGUAAAUAAAUAAACAAAAAAAUCAUGACCUUAGAAUGAUUCCGUUCCAUUGCAGUUUAUUCUAUUCUAUCAAGAGAUGAUAACCUUUAUGUUCUCUUGAUUCUAUUGUAUUCAUGAAGCUAUUUAAUUAUACCCCUGAAUUACAUCGGUUCGUCUUUAGUUGCACAUAUUGUUAGACAUGUGAUGUUCCAAUGCAAAAAUGCUAAGUUGUUAUAAAGUCACCUCUCUCCUGAUCUCAGGUUAGGCCUCUUGUUGCUGCGAAUUUCGGUUUAUGACAGCUAGAAAAUGCUGCUGCUUUGUUUUGGUUUCUUGUCUGGGCUUUCUUACAAGGAAACUGUAUGACCAAACUGAUAAAAAAGUUUAUAUUGGAAACAAUCCCGCAUUCGCGGUAACGGUUCUGGAAGAUCUGCGAACAAACAAACUUUGGACAAGAAUAAGAUAGAGAACACUGGUAAUUGUGUUUAGAUGUUGGCUUCAAAAAAAACAUUUAUAUGUUCAGUUGCGGACAAAGUCUGUAGAAAUCGUUUGAGCUGAUGAAUGAAAUGCUUGUUUAUCUUCAAUAGUUUUCAUGUUUUCGUGUUUUGUGCUUUGGUUUUUUUAUCUGUCUUCUUUGCACACGAAAAGGUGGUUUAGAAGCCCUUAUUUGUUAAAUAAAGGCUAUUAGUUUGUCAUUUAUCAAUUACGCAGAUGGUCAAGAUGGUCGUGAUUUUGCUGAGAUGAAACAACAGCUGAACGAGAUAAAGAAAGAAAUAAAUGCUACGAAAGUUAAUGUAAUUGCAAAACGCAGUGCUUAAUAAUCUGGUUAACGAAUCCGCGAAGUUAGAUCAAGUAUUAUUCAAAAAGAGGGGGUUCUGAUUCCCUGUUCUGUUACAUGUGGCGGAAGCAUCCAAAACAGGAUCCGCAAUUGCACCAAUCCUCCUCCUUCAAAGGAUGGAGAUGCCUGUCUUGGCCUGAGCUUCUAGGCGGAGAAACGUUCUGCAGUAGUAGGGGAGGGACUGGUUACGCCGGUUUUUUGUGGAUUUAAUUAACUUUUUGAGUGGUAUAAAUUAACGCAGAUGACGUCAUGCAUCUCAUUAAGAUAGGAUGAUGUCAUAGUUCAAAUUAAUGCCAAUGACAUCAUGCAUGUCAUUAAGAUAGGAUGAUGUCAUGUUUAAAUUAAUGCCGAUGACGUCAUGCAUACCAUUAAGAUAGGAUGAUAUCAUAGUUUAUUUUUAGCUGGCAAGAAGCAAGGGUAAGGAGCAAGUGACGUUAGAAUACCCUAGGGGUUGACGUCAUCAAAAAAUGUUGAGUUCAUAAUCUAUAAACAGAAAAGUGAUUUUUUGAUAUAAUCAGCAAUUUGCUAUAGUCUUCUGAUUGGCAAAUUUUAAAUGAGCUAUCUUUGCAGAUUAUACUAAAUGAAAAAUCUUUAUCAUAAAAUUAUUUUCACUAAAAAUCAGUUAUAAACAAAACCAAGACACAGAGGUUAACUAAAAAAUCUUUACUUCAAAAGAAGGAAAAAUGAGGUCAGGCGAAUCCGGAAUUGUACUAAUUUUUUUCGGGCAAGUCAUAAAAAUGAGGUCGAAGCGCAGCGAAGCGAGAAACUGCCUAUCAAGCAAAAAUGUCAACCUUUGUUUACUUGACUCUGUAGAAAGUAUUGCACAGGAUAUAAAAAUUCCAUGGAAAACAACAGGUAGUUCUAAAGUAAACCCUAAUUCUUUUGGUUCUUAAAUAAACUUCAUUGUAGUAACUAAUGAGGGGAACGUCUAGUAAAAAAAAAAAAGGAAUAAGAGGUGCAAUCGCCUAGCAACACAUGUCUUCUUAUUUAGCGCUAAAAAUCGGAUAUAUAAACAAAACACAUACACACACAAAUACACACACGCACCCCCCCACACACACACACACACACCAAACAAACAGUCGCUCGCGAAUGAACCUAGACUUGCUCAGCCCCUCCCCCUACCUACAAUGUGGGCCAUUCUACACCAACGCAUGUUGGAAAGGGUAGCCAUUGCUUGCAUGACGAGAUUCAUAGAGAACUGAAAUCGUAGACCCCUGCUGAUGUUCGCCUAUUCAAAAGGCGAACAUCAGCAGGGGAGCUCUGUAGAAGUAAUCAACUUUUUACGGCUCAUUUGCUUGGAGGUGACAAAUUCUGAUAUCAACGGAAUUCCUGUACGUCAACAAGAUUUCGGUUCAACAAAGAACUCAGCUACAAAUUAGCCGCAUUGGAAGUCUUUCCGCCGAACCGGAAUGCAUUUGCCUCUGUAGUGGCUGCUCUUAAAAUUUAUUGUACUUCGAGAAGAGUGAUUUUACGCACUUCUUACUGAGGAAUUUUCCAUCGUAUAUUUUCUUUACUUGUAUUUAUUAAACACUAAGCGACAGUUACUUAGCUGGUAUAUUACAAAAUCGCGUCAUAAUUAAGCCCUUUUCUGUUUAACCAACGCUUUUAUCAAACCCAUUUAUCGUGAAUAAUUUCAAUACAGCAUAUAAGGCAGACUGGAAAACUAAAGCACUUAUUUUCUUAAACCAACCGACCAAGAAAUUAAGAGGCCUGGAGGUCCAAUGAUUUCUGAAACCGCGGCCUAAGGUAACCCGUAAUGGUUUGAAAGUAAUGUCACUCUAUUUUCUUUUUGCCUCUCUCGCAAGUGAAAGUCAGAGUUCACAGAGACUGUGCGGUUUUCUCGAGUGCGUUUUAGAAGCUGCCUUAACGGAAAGGUUACUACACUACCGGAAUUAAAACAUCGAGGAAAUUAUUAAUUUAAAGCCGCGGAGUAUUUUCCCCAACAAUGAAUAAUAUUACCUAUAACUUUCUGCGAUAACGCUGCAAAAUAUUUCAGAUUAUUUUUCAACCGAAUAGGCUGCGAAUUUAAUGCGAUGAUCAUGUUCACUUUCAUACCUUCAUCCGCAUUUCAAAUAUUUCAAUUCAUGCUUACAAGAUCUCCCUAAUUUUAUGUCUGAACGCAAGGCUUUUUUAAUGGAAACUUCAUUCAAGGGCAGAACUAACACUAAGCGCUAAACGGAAACUGCCUUAUGAAAAAACUUUUAAAAUUGACGCGCUGUUUUAAAGGCCUCACUGGAUCUGGAUGGGGUUAAAUACAAAUGUAAGCCAAACACUAAUUUUGCAAUAUUUAAAUAAUGUCUAAAAAAAAAGCUUUCCUCUGAGAUACGUGGCGAAUAAAAUUCUCACAGAGCCACAGCCUAAAAAGGCUAAGCUACUCUGUUGAAUCAGGAAGGCCAAACUUUUUGUCUUAAUCCUGGACAAAGAUUCAAACAAUAUCUAAAAGCGAGUUUUUAGUUCCCUCUGAGACACCCGGAGAAUAAAAUUCUCACAGAGCCACAGCCUAAAAAGGCUAAGCUGCUCUGUUGCAUCAGGAAGGCCAAACUUUUUUUCUUAAUGCUGGACAGAGAUUCAAACAAUAUCUAAAAGCGAGUUUUUAGUUCCCUCUGAGACACCCGGAGAAUAAAAUUCUCACAGAGCCACAGCCUAAAAAGGCUAAGCUGCUCUGUUGCAUCAGGAAGGCCAAACUUUUUUUCUUACUGCUGGACAGAGAUUCAAACAAUAUCUAAAAGCGAGUUUUUAGUUCCCUCUGAGACACCCGGAGAAUAAAAUUCUCACAGAGCCACAGCCUAAAAAGGCUAAGCUGCUCUGUUGAAUCAGGAAGGCCAAACCGCUUUACUUAAUGCUAGACGGAGAUUCAAACAAUAUCUGAGAAGCGAGUUUUUAGUUGCCUCUGAGACACCAUGCAGGAGGAUAAAAUUCUCACAGAGCCACAGCCUAAAAAGGCUAAGCUGCUCUGUUGCAUCAGGAAGGCCAAACUUUUUUUCUAAAUGCUGGACAGAGAUUCAAACAAUAUCUAAAAGCGAAUUUUUAGUUCCCUCUGAGACACCCGGAGAAUAAAAUUCUCACAGAGCCACAGCCUAAAUAGGCUAAGCUGCUCUGUUGCACCAGGAAGGCCAAACUUUUUUCUUAAUGCUGGACAGAGAUUCAAACAAUAUCUAAAAGCGAGUUUUUAGUUCCCUCUGAGACACCCGGAGAACAAAAAAUUCUCACAGAGCCACAGCCUAAAAAGGCUAAGCUGCUCUGUUGCAUCAGGAAGGCCAAACUGUUUUACUUAAUGUGGGGCAUACACUAUCAUCUUCACAGAUCCAAUCAGUGAAAAAUUAAAUAAAGCUUUAAUCUGUAAAUCAAUUUUUGGUUUAAGAAAUUUUACUCACUUUUACUGACUGUUGAUAGCCACUGGCUUUGGCAAAAUAAAUUUUCCUGUUUUCUUAAAAGGGAUUCGAUAAAAUUGAAAAUAUCCACUACGAUCCACACUUAAAAUCUGAACUCUGACUCGUUUGCGAUCACGCUUAAGAAAUAGUGAUCUCCAUCAACAUUCUCCAUCAACAUUACACUUUCACAUCAUUAGCAGUUAUUGAGAAUUUAUGAAAUGAUCGAGUGAUCAGUGUCGACCUUAAAACGUUUUUGCGCCAAAAUGAUAAUAGGUAUCCAUUUGAAGAUGAUACAAAGGAACCCAAAAUAGACUUACCAAGUUUCGGACGAUGUUUAGAAAAUUGAAAAGGGCUGGAGAGCAUCACCGUUCAGGCUAAAUCCAGUCAGCGACCCCUAAUAAAAAUCAUUUAAGCUUACAUAAUCAACAACGACGUGAAUGCCCGAGUUUCUGACUUGACGGUCAUCUGCCACCGUCAGGAAAUCAUACGAUAUUGCUUCUCGAAUGAAUCCCUCAUUUGAUUUUCCCCAAUUCAUUAAUCCACGACCAAGUACCUUUUCGAGAUCUCCGCACAACGAAACGCUUUCUCUGACUUCUCUGACCGCUUCCCGCUAUAUUUUCUAGUAGCUGGAAGGAAAUUAGUCCUUCUUUGAUCGCUUUAAACCCGCUUUCGUCUGCAUUUCAUCGGCGCAAGUUAAAGGCUCGUGCUAAGGUUGAAACGUUAACAACAUGAUCUUUCCUCUUUGAAAAACCAAAUCUUGAUGGGUUGACUCGAGCGCCAGUACUAUCUGUACUAUCGACCAAAUCAUAAAUAGCUAUAAAUAAUCGGCCCUGCUACUUCCAAACGUCAUCUUUACAUGAAAAGCAUACAAUUUUGACUUGCCGUGAAUUAUAUCUGUCGUAAAACCAUUUAGUCACUGAUACUGCGUACGAUAUUACCUUUGUUUGGCAAGCGAGGGUCCAAAGACUGAAGAUGCUUUUCCCGACGAACGCGCCACUUUCGUUCCGGCUUUGAAAUUCGCGCGAGAUCGCAUUGUGAUACAAAUAGUAUCUGUCUUUCAUCUCAGCUCGUCUUCCAUCAGUGACGCAAAGUACACAAGUCACGACAGAUUAGUGGCUAUUAAUUGAAUCCUAAUUAGGUUUUUACAAGGACACCGGAAACUGAAACUUUCUCCCUGUGGUGAAUUUCAAAGUCGUAUGAAUCUCGUCAUGCAAACUUCAGUUGUAAAAUAUAUACACUAGAAAUACGUGUCUCGCAAACCCUCGCAAAACUCAGUGUGCCACUCAAGUAAAACUUGCUUGACGGGGUUGGAGAUAUUUAUUGAACCUACUCGUGUUUCUGCGUCGCGGCGCGAAGCUCGCACGUUCAACGUGCGAGUUAGGAACCUCGGCUACGCGAGGGCCUUCCAUUCUCUAUCCUCGAGGAGUAAUUCAUGGCUUAACCUUGUUUUGGAUACAAUUGUAGAAUUAAACUACUUACACUCGUUGAUGCAAAAAUGGCCCCUCCUGCCUCUAAACAUAAGCGUGCGCGAAGCGCAAGAAAUUGAAUUUGACUUAAUUCUGACUGUCCUGAAUGGUGGAUUAGUUGUAGUGUUAUUGUUCGUCUGUCGGUUAUUGGCUUUGAGGACUCUAAUUUCGAUCCAUCUUUUGUCACAGUUACAACGGUCGUUUUAUUGUUAGUCAAAUUGUCAGUUGUCCAUUCACUCUAUUGAAGCCAGUCUUGCUUGAGUCCGUUGAUAUAAGUCGUUUUGAAGGUGCCGGUAACUUCUGACUACGAUUCAGCCGCGUUUGCUCCCAGUUGGUAAAUCAGCUUUCUAAAGUGAAUCGUUGAUAGCAGCCUUAGAAAUACGUAAGGCAGGUCGUAGAGUCAGUGUCGAUUUGGUGGUUCGUCCGUAACUGGUGUUCAACAAUAUCAUCAUAGCCAUAAACAUCACGGCUUAACUGACAGAUGAACAACAACAUCACGAUUUAGUUGACCAGCCAGAUCGAUAAACUACGUCUAUAACUAGAAAUACGUGUAUUGCAGAACUUUGAGAGGCUCAGGCUCAUAAAAUGACAGGGAUGGGAGGGCGGGAGAGAAUAGGUGAAAUGUGUAGCUGGGGAGGGCGGGAUUCAACACUGGCUCUAAUAUGACUAAUAUUGGAAGGUGAGAUGUACUUAAUCUCCUUUUGGUUGGAGUAAAUUUGUACCCAGUUCUUUGGCUAAAAGAAUCUUCUGGGAUUUAAAUAUGAUUGCUGUUGUCGAGGAAAGAUAGCCAAUGUUGCAUUAGUCCCGUGUUCACCCCAUUUGACCCUUCUACAUUUGUAAUUAUAGUCAAAAGGAAAUGCUGGGCGUGAUAGUGAAUAACUGCAGGCUAAUCUGCAGUUGCAUUUGCUUAAUAUUUGGGUUAGAUGCCAUCUCUAAUAAUAAGCGUAAUUAUAAUUCACUAUUUGUGAAGUGUGUCAGUAGUAGUGAGUGGAUGAAAUGGUUGGAGAUUAUGCUGCAGUAAAAACAACAAGUAAAUGCUGGUAAUUGAAGGGAAAAAAUAUAUUAUAUUGUUAAGUGAACUAAAGCAAUGAGAGUGUUUCCACUUGUUUUAGUUCAUUAUCACACUUGACAACUAAUUGUUUGCAAGUAACAGUAAAGUGCAAACAUAAUCACUGAAAUAGAAAUUACAUGUAGCAAUGUCUUAAGGGUGCAGUUCAUGAGAAUUAUGAAAGUGAUCAUGAGUGAAUUAUGAAAUGUCCACGUACAAGUCAUGUUGAAGGUGAUCAGUUUCUCAAUUCUCAACAUGCAUGAGCUUGUUUAGACAUGGUUGCCAGAGGCAUAGUUUUUGGAAUUCCCAGACUGAUCAUGACGGUCAAAUGUACACUUUCCUGACAAAAUGAAUUGACAAUUUGUGCAGAUAAUGGCUUCUAAACUUGGGUCAAAACCUCGUGUACUGGACACAAAUGACGUAAAACAAAAGAGUUCUUUGUUGUCUGUUCAGGGAAAAAUCUGCUUGGUAUUGUUUCAUGGUUUUUGUUCUUUUGUUUUACGUCAUCUGUGUCGGGUAAACGAAGUAAAUGACCAAACUCCCAUCACAGCCGGCCAUCCUCUUCACCCAUUUAUUACAGGAAUUUAUCGUGAAUGUAAAAUGCAGAAUGGAUAGAUCUUAUAGGAAACCCUAUGUCUGCUUGUCGUUUAAUUUCUUGAAACAAUGUUCUGCCAAUGGAACAUGUUUAACUUCUGCUAGUAUGUCACCUCCCUCUGGCUUCUAUGAAAGAGUUAAAUUUUUCCUGACUCAUAUUGUCAUACAUGUCACACACUAAUAUUCUGAGAAGAUCCGAAAUACACAUGUUAUUUUGAUUUCUUAAUCUCACAAGCUCAUUUAAGUUUUGCACCCCUUUAUGACUACCACUCACUACUCACCCACCCCUCCCCAUCGAACGCACUCCCCAAAUUGGUAAUUAUUACUAGUAUAAACCCAUUGCUUUUUUUGCUCUUCUCCUUGCCGUCGCCGUCACCGUCGCCGUUGCUCAAGCUCCCUAUUGUUGUGAUCUGGUAAUUUUGCUACCAUGGUAACGUGACGUCACACGUCUCCUCUCUAUUUUAAAUAAUUUUAAGGUCAUCAUCUUUCCUGAACAGCUAAUAGGAACUGUGCUGAGCUAUACAAAGCUGGCAAAAGAAUCAGCGGUGUGUACACAAUCGACCCUGAUGGUGAAGGUGCCUUUAAUGUGUUUUGUGAUCAAAAAACAGCCGGAGGGGGAUGGACAGUGUUCCAGAAGAGACUGGACGGCUCGGUUGAUUUCUAUCGUAACUGGGAUGACUACAAAAAUGGGUUUGGUAACCUGAAUAGUGAGUUCUGGCUUGGAUUGGACAAGAUUUACCGCCUGACGGAAAAGAAACGCAACCGCCUUCGAGUUGAUCUGGAGGACUUUACAUCCAGCAAUGCUUACGCUGAAUAUAGCUGGUUUGCAAUUUCAAACGAAACGACUAAAUACAAGCUCAGUCUAGGGAGGUGCUCAGGUAUCGUGUUUGGAAUGUAUUUAGUUUUGAUGUAUAGUAUUUUCUCUUCGUGUCUUAAUUAUUUGUUCCAAGCUUGUUUGUUAGCGGUUUCUUGACUUCUUGCAAACUUGAAAACUCCAGGAAGUUUCAAAAGGAGCUCAGUUACUUUUCCAAACGUAGCCCCCCUCUUGUACUUCAAUACUAGAUUAUAUUCAGGUAUUCUACUCCAAACAUUCCUGGUAAAAUGUCCUUGUAUGACUUCUAGGAACUGCUGGUGACUCAUUAUUGUGGCAUCGUGGCUAUCCGUUUUCCACUAUAGACCGAGAUCAUGAUGGCGCUGUCAAAACCAACUGCGCUGUGGUUUACAAUGGAGCCUGGUGGUACAAUUCUUGCCAUGAUUCAAACCUGAAUGGUUUGUAUUACAACGGUUCACAUCCACAUAAAGGUCAAGGUAUCAUCUGGUAUACAUGGAAAGGAAUUCAGUACUCUGUCAAGAGAGCUGAGAUGAAAAUCAGACCGGCCGACUUUUAG